AUGACCUCCAUAGUAGAGUCUGAAGCUCACUUCAGGAAGAGAUGCCAGGAAACAGGUCUGUCUGACCGUGGGCUGGCUGCAGUGAUUGCAGCAGGGUACACAAAUCUGGGCCAGCUAGCAUUUGCCAGCGGCCAACCUGGGCAACCUCUCAACGAGGCUGAGUUCCAGCGGUUUGCCCAAAAUGUCUUGGGUGGACUAGCUACUUUGGCCGACACCAGCACUCUGAAGCGUUUGGUUUUCGAAGGGCAGACUGUCUUACUGGCCCAGCUGAGAGAUCAGGUUGUGAACCCGGACGCUGCCACCACCAGAAAACUCCCUGCAAUCGAGCGCAGCACCAAGAUGCAGAACUUGAAAGCGCGCCUGGUGGGUGUGGUCAUAGAGAAGGCGCUGGAGCCAAGCUAUGCGCUGUUGGAUGCGGUGGCACAGCAAUGGGAGGCCAAGCAACUGGCCUACUUGUCCCCGGAGAAAUGCACCUCCCGAGAAUGGGAGAUCACUAUGUCGAAGACCUCAAAGCAGUUGUCAAUUGACACUGACAAGCUGCUUGUCAAGAGCGAACAGUCAGUGCCAGACCAGCAGGUGUCAACAGAGAUGCAGGUCUAUGAAGCCCUACGACGCCGUGGUAUAGCACUGGCAUUCACGGACUCACUGACGUGGGAGGUGCAUGAGCGGUACUUGCAACGUUUGUUCCAACACAUGAGGAACGAGGCCCCUGAAGGGUAUAGCAAGACAACGUUGCAACAGGUCCUCCGUGCUGACAGAGAUGUUUUUCUGCACAUGGUCCAGAGAGAUGUAUCGAUGCGGAGGGCUCCUGACAACACCUUGCCUAUGGACACCGCCAUCUUGGAAGCAGUGUCGUCGUAUGAGGUUGGCUUCAGCUUGAUGCCGCUGCCGAAGAAGAUCGAAAGGAGCUGCAAGGAAGAGACAACGUAUCUCUUGAUGCUCAUAGCCGGAGGCUUUGCUUUGAGUUCAACUUGGGCCGUUGCUCCCGGGUCCCGAAUGGUGGCGAAUGUGAAAGGGGCUUCCACCUUUGCAUGCGACGUGGAUGUCAUGCACCUCAUCCUGAAUCUGAACACCCGAAGGAGACAGAACAGCAAGCAUAAGCAUGCGCAAUGGGGUUUUAACCGCAAGACAAAGUCUUUUGCGACAGCUGAAGAAACUGCAUACCCAAUGGGGUUGGCGAAGAUGAUUGCAAUGGUCAUUGUGCGUUGUCUGUUAAACCUUGGCAUCAAAGGCAAUCCAGAAACGUUGGAAGCUGUGCAGCCUGUGGCACUCCAAGCGUUGCAGAAGAUGCGGGCUGCAACCGGCACACAAUCAAGGUCUAGCCGGAUUCCUGCCCUGGUGCCUACAUACAAGUUGAGGUUUCGGAUUGGCGGCCACUCAGACGCGCUGCCUGACGUUAAUAUUUUUCAAAGAGUGCGCAAGGAUGUUACAAUCUCCUCCUCACCAACACAGACCCUUCCAAAAGGCUCCAAACUUUUGGCACUUGCUCCGGUGGACAACCUGGUCACGGGGGAUGAGAUGCCUGCCCAACCGGAGAUUUUCAAAGUAGGCACCCCUACCCUGGAUUCGUCGUGCGUGAUUCAGACAUGGGGGGUGCCUUGGGAACCUGAACAAUUUGUGCAGGAGGUGGUCAAAGCCGGCCAUCCAAUGGACAUGGCGACAUUCCUUCCACCAAGGUUGCAGUCCCUACUGACUAACUAUGAGACAAUGAGCAGCUGCGACAGGGUGGACAGCAGACUUACGGCAGUGAAGUUUUGGCUGAAGAGGGCAAUGGAGCUUAAAGGUGAUGAAAGUGAAUUUCAUAGCAACCUGGAUCCAGCAGUGGCUAGUGUCCUGCGUGGAAAGCGCAUUCUCUUGUGGAAACAGAUGCUUGAAUCAAUUGAAUAUGAGGACAUGGAUGUCGUGAACGAGUUUGUGAGUGGAACAAAAUUGGUGGGUGAGGCUCAAUCGACAGGUUUGUGGCCGAAGAAGUUCAAGCCUGCCUCACUCACCGAAAGCGACCUGUCCCACAUCGCGAUGUCGCAACGAUCAGUCUUGAAUUACAAAUCUUUUGAAUUUAUGGAUGAUGAAACAUUGAACGCCGUCUGGAAUCAAACGUUGGACGAGGUUGAGGCCGGAGAGCUAUCUGGCCCGUAUGAGGUUGAACAGGUACCUCAGGAAUAUCCUUUGAGCAGGCGAUUUGGCAUCAAGCAAUCAUCAAAGGUGAGAUGUGUGGAUGAUUUCACCCAAUCCUCCAUCAAUGCUUGCGCUCAGACAUGUGAAUCGCCGAAGCCACAUACGGUUGACAUUUUGUGCAGCAUGUGCCUGGCUUUGAUGAAGGUAGCAACAAGAGAUUCCACAUGGGAGGCAAGGAGCUUCGAUCUGAAGAGGGCGUACCAGCAGUGCGCUAUCCACCCUGAGCACUCCAAGUACAGCUACAUCGCGGUGGCUCAUCCUGCAGAGAAGCGAAUCAAAUGCUUCAAAAUGAAGGCGCUCCCAUUCGGCAGUGUCAUGUCAGUACAUUCUUUUCUACGGCUGUCCCACAGCCUGUGGGCGAUCAUGGUUUCAAUUUUUGGUGUGUUCAUUUCAAAUUACUUCGACGAUUUUGUCGCCCUGGCCACCUCAUGUGAAACGACUUCGGUCACCGCUGCUGUGACGUUAACGUUCAAGAUGCUGGGGUGGAUCUUCGCUGAGACCGGAGACAAAGCACCACCGUUUGCCAGCGUUGUUGCAGCUCUUGGGGCGACGAUUGAUGUUUCCCUUCUUCAUCGCGGCCGUGUUCGGAUCGACAACACUGAGAGCCGAAAAGCUGAGAUCGCGGCCGCCAUCGCCCAGAUCCUUGACACAGGCACGUUAAUCAGGCCUGAUGCAUUGCGUUUGAGAGGAAGGUUACAAUUUGUGGCUGGUCAGAUUUUUGGCCGUAUUGCUAAGCGUUCAUUAGCACUCAUUACAAAGCAUGCCUAUGGUGAAUGUGGCCCGACCAUCUCUGACGAGACGCGUCAUGCGUUGAAGCUUUUUCAUCAACUGAUCUUGAUGGAUGUGCCGAGGGAGGUUUCCUUGACAACGGGACGCUCCUGGUACAUCUUUACAGACGCAUGCUAUGAACCGGAUAAUGCAGAAAAGACAGCUGGAAUUGGAGCUGUGUUGGUUGAUCAAUUUGGCAGGUACAGAGGUUUCUUUUCAGUUUUUCUUACAGAAGAUUUGCUGGCCAAGCUCAACAUCACCAAGCGGAAGACCAUCAUUUUCGAAUGUGAACUACUUGCAAUUUUUGUUGCAAUGACAUGCUGGUCACAACACUUACAAGAUUCGCAGGUGAUGGUGUGCACUGAUAAUGAGGGCGUAAAGGAUGCGCUCAUAGCUUGUCAGACCUCCAGCUACAAUGCUACCCCGAUUUUGGUAGCGUUCCUCCAACUUGAAUUUGAUUUGAAAUGGAACGCUUGGUUCAGCAGAGUUCCUUCAGAAUCCAAUGUGGCUGACGACCCGUCGCGAGGUGAGAUACAGAAACUUCUUACACAAGGUGUGCAACAAUUUCAGAUCAACCUUGACAGCAUGUGGAAUGGUCUACUGGAAUUAGCUACGAGGGGUGGCUUCGACCAGCAUUCCAUGCCCCAUGCUGUAAAAAGGCUGCUGGAAUAUUCAGAAGGGGGUCCAAACGAUCCCCGGACCACUUUCAACGAUUUGCGGAAGUGGCUCACAGCCGUCAAAGAGGAGCUUUCCCCGUGGGGUUGGCAAGCUUAUGAUGCUGAAUUCCGUGAGCGUAUGCAGGCCGAGAAGAAGCUCUAUGCCAUGAACGGUUUGCCCAAUAGUGGAGCUGAACCCAAGGUUUGGGAGCAACGCAUCUUAUUUGAUGGGAAGACACUCUCCGACUCCGAUUGCUUGACAGCACUGGGCGAAUUCCACGAGGUCCAGGUCCACGAGGGACUUGGACUGCAGCUUUUGCGCCUGGAUUCUUCCUGGGCAUCGGCUCUUGAAGCUGUUCACAAUGACGGCAAUGACUUGGAGCAGUUGGAGCACUUGCAGGGAGACAGGGACAUCGUGACGGCUGCCGUCAAAUCCAGGGGAGCUGCUUUGAGGUUUGCCGCUGAAUCCUUGAGGAGAGACCCUCAAAUUGCCCUUGCAGCUGUCUCUCAGGAUGGCAACGCAUUGCGAUACACGCAUUUGAAAGCGGAUCGUCAGGUCGUACUUGCAGCUGUCUCAAACUGCGGCUUGUCAAUACAGUAUGCUGCUCCUCAUUUGCACAGAGACAUUGAAGUUGGUGCCAUCGCAAUGAUGGAAGAUCAGCGUGCACUCGAAUUCAUCCCCCAGGAGCUGUGGAUUGACUGUUUUGAAGAAGCCCAACGGCUGUCCUCGCAGCAACUGCAAUGCUCUUCUGAAUUCGCGAAGACUUUUUCCUUCGAUACUGUUGUGGCUAGUCUGAUUCGACAUCUUCCUAGCUGCUUUGGUGGUCUGGCCGGAUGCUUGGUGGGGCCAUUUGUUGCCACAGGCAUGUCAGCUGAAUCUUGCGAAGAUUGCAAAGAUGUGAGCAUUCAAGGGCCAUCGUCCAAUGUCUAA